UCUCUCCUCCUGUCCCUGACCUGGCCUGUCGCCUGUCAGUCGUCAGUCCAACCGCGCAGGUCGCAGAAGUAAAGACGCGCCAUCCCAGGCGUGCAGCUCACACGACACUCCAGCACUGUCAGCAGCACCGCCGGAUACCAUGGAGUGCGACAUCUGCCGCGAGGACUUCGACCAGGCGGAGCGCACACCCAAGAACGUGCCGUGCGGACACACCGUGUGCCUGCGCUGCCUGCAGCGGAACCAAAAGAAAGAGUGCCCGACGUGCAGAAAGGCCUUCACUUCUUCCCCCACUGACCUACCCACCAGCUUAAUUGCACUGCGGACGAUAGGCCGUCUGAGAGACGCCAGGGUCCCCCGCGGCUGGUGCCCGGACUGCCGCACAGCGGCGACGCCCCGGUGCUGGGACGACCACGACGUCCUGGCCACCAAGGCCGCGCUGAGGCGGCACCUGCGCGCCGACGUGCUGCAGCAGGCCGCCGGCCAGCUCCCGGGCCUCCGGGACCAGUGCCAGGAGCUGGAGGUGCUGCUCACCCUGCUGACGGCCGAGUCGUGGGACCUGACCCUGCGUGACGGCAGCAACGUGCUGACGGGGACUGUGCGUAACGCCGGGGAGCCCCUCGUCAAGGCCGUGUGGCUCGUGCUGGCGGCGAAGGCCGCCCUCGCCAAGCAGCAGGUGGCCGUCAACACCGUGAGCAUCAAGCAGGAGGCCGAGCCACACCCCCAGACGAACGACGAUGAGGACACUCUCCUCGUCGAGAAUGUGCAUUUCAGUCCGGCAGCGAGAGAACAGGAGGAACGGGGAGCGAGCCCCCCACCUGCAACCGCCAACCCCUGUCGGGCAGCUGCAGUGGCGGCGACCCCGCCGCGCCCAGCUGGCCGCCCCCCGCGCGCAGCUGCCAGCCCUCACCACUCGGCACGCAAGCAGCCCCCUGCCGGUGGGCUGCCCGACCUGGCGCGCGAGCUCGACGUGAGGGGUCGAGACACCACCAGCCCGACGGCCAAGGAGGCCGUCCUGCGAGACGCGCCCGGCGUGGCACGGCUGUUCGGCGUGGACUGCGACGAGGACCCCGCCUGGAGCCUCCAGCUGCUGCUGCACGCGGCGCCCACGCUGGAGCACCUCAGCGUCAACUACCCGCGCGCGGAGCACCUGCACGCCCUGCAGGGCAUGCCGCUGCUGCGGAGGCUCGAGGUGCAGUGCCCCGACUCGGCCCUCGACAAGGACCCGCCCCUAUUCUCCCAGCAAUGCGAGCUCGGCCACCGCGGCCUGCAGUGGCUCAACGUGUGGAACCUGCCACGCGUCACGCUCCAGACCCUGCUGCGGGCGCACGGCCGCUCGCUGGAGACGCUCGAGCUGUACGUGGGCACGGCGGGCGAGGACGACUGGCCGUGGAGCUGCGGCGACCUGCACGUCCUGCUGCUGCGGAGCGACCUGCGCGCGCUCAAGAGGCUCGUGCUGCGGCGCUGGCACUGCAGCCACGAGCUGGCCGACUGCAACCGCCAGCGCAGCGCGGCGCGCCGCGUCCUGGCCGCCGCCGUCGAGGUGCUCUGCGAGCUCUGCGACAAGGUGUGGAACGAGGGCGUCUAGGCAUCAAUACGCGUGGCCGUCAACUUCAA